GAGCCGCCCCUUGGAGGCCCCAUCGGCCGCGCCUCCAAAAGUCAGACCUGCCCCGAGAGGCCGAGAGCAGCUCGGCAGCAUGACUCGCGAAGCACUACGCCCGCCUCCGUGGCCGUGGCCAUCUCCGUUGACCUCGCGCCGGAUAAACCUAUGCCUAGUAUAUUACCACGGCGACGAGCCAUCCCCAGGCCGGCCAAUGGGACGCUAGCUUCUCCGCCCUUCCCGCCCUCCCCCGCCCCGCUCCGGUCGUCUAGGAAAAAAGUCCACGCCACGCCCGGCCAAGCGCCACGGCUCGGUUGUUCCCCAUGUUGUUGACGGCGGCGGAGGCCUCGCUAUGAUCAUCAGUUGCCCCCACCAGCGGGUCGUCAUUUCGGCGGGAGCCGUGCUGAUCGCCGUCGUGCUGCUGCUGGCUGGUCCGGUCGCCGGCGCGUGCGGCGACGGGGAGAGGGAGGCGCUGCUGGCCUUCCUCGACGCGCUCUCGCCGCGGGCUGGCGAUAACAUCGCCGCGUCCUGGCGGGGCUCGCCGGACUGCUGCGCGUGGGAGGGCGUGGGCUGCGACGACGCGGGAGGCGGCGGCGGCGCGGUCACCAGCGUCUCCCUCCCCGGCCGCGGCCUCGGCGGGACGAUCUCGCCGGCGGUGGCCAGGCUCCCCACGCUCGCGCACCUCAACCUCUCCGGCAACGGCCUCGCCGGCCCGUUCCCGGCCGAGCUGCUCGCCCUGCCCAACGCCUCCGUCGUCGACGUCAGCUACAACCGCCUCUCCGGCGCGCUCCCUGACUUACCGGCCGCCGCCGGACGCGCCCGCCUCCCGCUGCAGGUGCUGGACGUGUCGAGCAACCAUCUGUCCGGGCGGUUCCCGUCCGUGCUCUGGCGGUUCACCCCGGGCCUCGUGUCGCUCAAUGCCAGCAACAACAGCUUCGCCGGCGCGAUCCCGUCGCUCUGCGUCAUCUGCCCGGCGCUCGCCGUCCUCGACGUCUCCCUCAACGCGUUCGGAGGGCCCGUCCCGCCCGGGUUAGGGAACUGCUCGCGGCUGCGGGUCCUCAGCGCCGGCCGCAACAACCUCACCGGCGAGCUCCCCGACGACCUCUUCGAGGUGACGUCGCUGGAGCAGCUGGCGCUCCCGUCCAACCGGAUACAGGGCAGGCUCGAUCGCCUGCGGAUCGCCAGGCUGAUCAACCUCGUCAAGCUCGACCUGACCUAUAAUGCGCUCACCGGCGGGCUGCCGGAGUCCAUCGGCGAGCUCACCACGCUGGAGGAGCUCCGGCUCGGGAAGAACAACCUCACCGGCACCAUCCCGCUGGCGAUCGGCAACUGGACCAGCCUCCGCUACCUGGACCUUCGGUCGAACAACUUCGUCGGGGACCUCGGGGACGUUGACUUCUCCCGCCUCGCCAAUCUCACCGUCUUGGACCUGGCCUCCAACAACCUCACCGGCACCAUGCCGCCCAGCAUCUACUCCUGCACGUCCAUGACGGCCCUGCGCGUGGCCAACAACGAGAUCUCCGGGCAGGUGCCGCCGGAGAUCGGCAACAUGCGAGAGCUGCAGUUCCUCUCGUUGACCGUGAACUCUUUUACUAACAUCAGCGGCAUGUUCUGGAACCUCCAGGGCUGCAGGGACCUCGCCGCGCUGCUCGUGUCGUACAACUUCCACGGCGAGGCCCUGCCGGACGCCGGCUGGGUCGGCGACCACGUCAGCCACGUCCGGGUAAUCGUCAUGGAGAAUUGCGGUCUGACGGGCCAGAUACCGUCGUGGCUGUCCAAGCUGCACGGCCUCAACGUCCUGAACCUCGGCGGGAACCGCCUCACCGGCCCGAUCCCGAGCUGGCUCGGCGCCAUGAAGAGGCUCUACUACGUGGACCUGUCGGGCAACCAGUUCGCCGGAGAGAUACCGCCGUCGCUGAUGGAGCUGCCGUUGCUGACGUCGGAGAAGGCCAUGGCGGAGUUCAAACCGGGCCAUCUGCCGCUCGUGUUCACCCUGACGCCGAACAACGGCGCGGAGGUCAGGACGGGCCGCGCGUACUACCAGAUGUCCGGCGUCGCCGCCACGCUCAACCUCAGCGACAACGACCUCUCUGGCGCGAUCCCGCGAGAGGUCGGGCAGAUGAAGAUGCUGCAGGUGCUCGACCUCAGCCACAACAACCUCUCCGGCGGCAUCACGCCGGAGCUCAGCGGCCUCGCCAAGAUCGAGAUUCUUGACCUCCGCAUGAACCGUCUGACGGGCUCGAUCCCGCCGGCGCUCGCCAAGCUCCACUUCAUCUCCGACUUCAACGUUGCGAACAACGAUCUCGAGGGCCCGAUCCCGACGGGCGGGCAGUUCAAUGCGUUCCCGGCGGCGAAUUUCGCAGGGAACCCGAAGCUUUGCGGCCAGGCGAUCUCGGUCCGCUGCAGCAAGAAAAGCGGAAUGGCGCCGGGCAAGUCUUCGCCGUCCAAGACCAUGGGCAAGAGACUGCUUGUUGCCAUCGUUCUUGGAGUCUGCUUCGGCGUGGUUGGCGUCGUCGUCUUGACCGGACUCGCCGUGAUCGCCAUCAGAAGGUUCAUAUCGAACGGGUCCGUCAGCGACGGCGGCAAGUGCUCGGAGUCGGCCCUGUUCGACUACUCCAUGUCGGAUCUGCACGGCGACGAGUCCAAGGACACGAUCUUGUUCAUGUCCGAGGAGGCCGGCGGCGGCGACCCGACGAGGAAGAGCUUCACGUUCGUGGACAUCCUGAAGGCGACCAACAACUUCAGCCCGGAUCAGAUCAUCGGAACGGGGGGCUACGGCCUGGUGUUCCUAGCGGAGCUGGAGGGCGGCGUGAGGCUGGCCGUGAAGAAGCUCAACGGCGACAUGUGCCUGGUGGAGCGGGAGUUCCGGGCGGAGGUGGAGGCGCUGUCGGUGACGCGGCACGAGAACCUCGUCCCCCUCCAGGGCUUCUGCAUCCGCGGCCGGCUCCGGUUGCUGCUGUACCCGUACAUGGCCAACGGCAGCCUCCACGACUGGCUGCACGACCGGCGGCCGGAGCAGCCGGAGCUGGACUGGCGCGCGCGGCUACGGAUCGCGCGGGGCGCCGGGCGCGGGGUGCUGCACAUCCACGAGGCGUGCACGCCGCAGAUCGUGCACCGGGACAUCAAGUCGAGCAACAUCCUGCUGGACGAGUCCGGCGAGGCGCGGGUGGCGGACUUCGGGCUGGCGCGGCUCAUCCUGCCGGACCGGACGCAUGUGACGACGGAGCUGGUGGGCACGCUGGGGUACAUCCCGCCCGAGUACGGGCAGGGGUGGGUGGCGACGCUGCGGGGCGACGUGUACAGCUUCGGCGUGGUGCUGCUGGAGCUGCUCACCGGGAGGCGGCCGGUGGAGAUGAUGGCGGCGGCGGGGCAGCCGAGGGACCUCGUCGGGUGGGUGACGCAGAUGCGGUCGGCCGGGAGGCGCGCCGAGGCGCUGGACCCGCGGCUGAGGCAGGGGAGCCGGCCGGGCGACGAGGCGCAGAUGCUCUACGUGCUCGACCUCGCCUGCCUCUGCGUCGACGCCAUCCCGCUCAGCCGGCCGGCGAUCCAGGAGGUGGUCAGCUGGCUCGACAACGUCGACACCAUCGGCGCGUCCUGACGUGCUCUGUGUAGAGCGAAGAUGGAGCGCUCUGCGGGCAGAGAUGGUUAGAGUUUUGGGGCGAUGGAUGGAGUCGAUCGAUGAGAUAGAAAAAUCAGAAUCAGAAUUCAGAAAAUGGCGAUGUUCUUCAGGCAAAUGACUGAAUGAAGGACACUCCACCAUCCAUAAUCACAUUCUGUCCCGUGGACUAAAGCAACAUGGACUAAUUUCUGAACC